AUGGUUGUGAUAGAAGUUUCUAGCUUCAGCCUUCAGCAAGAAACUCAUAUUGAUGGCGAUACCAAACUUCUAGAUGACUCUGAAAUUUAUCAGCAAUUACUAAAAGAGUUUUUCAAGACAGUCAACCCUACAUCAUCCGAGAAAGUGCUUUAUGCUUUGAAGAAGAUGCAACCGAAGAAAAGGAAACUUGUCGAUCAUCAGGCCUCAAAAACUCGCAAGAUAAGGUAUAAUGUUCAUGAAAAUGUCGUAAACGUCAUGGCUCUUGAGUCCACGACUCUUCCACCUAUGGUUCCUAAACUUUUUGGAGAUUUGUUUGGGUUAAAGUCACAGAGAUUAUCUACUGGGUUAACAUAA